AUGGAUGCUCUACAUAAGACAUACAUGACUCGCAAAAAGUGCCACAUUAACAUAGUGCCUUUCAAGUUUGAUACACCAUCUCCAGAUGACAUGGUCAUUACAGGCUUAAAAUCAUCCAGAAACUUUAGAAAAAGUGCAAGUAUGGACCCAAGUGCAUCAGUACAAUUGGAUGAAGUUGGUGGGACUAGUAGCAAUGUUCCUUCGAGUAGUCAAAAUAUAACUCUUAAGCUACAGCAUUUGAGUUUGGAGAGCAAACCGAAGAACAGUAAACCCAACAUUAAGAAAGCAGCUUCUGUUUCACACUACAAGCCAGAACCAUGGAUGCUCCAGAGUGAAGAUCAAGAAAUCCGUAAACAGCUAAGUCUUGGCAUUGUUGGUCAUGUUGAUUCUGGGAAAUCAACUUUAUGUGGUCGAUUACGACAUGCUCUGGGAUUGAUUUCAAAAAAACAAAUGCAUAAAUAUGAGAAAGAAGCUAAAGAAAAGGAUUUUGUUCCUAAUAUGAUAUCUGGUGCUACACAAGCUGAUGCCGCCAUCCUAGUUGUUGAUGCAUCUAUAGGCUCAUUUGAAGCUGGCAUGGGUGUUAAUGGAAUUGGUCAGACAAAGGAACACUCACAACUUAUUAGGAGCUUUGGUGUUGAGAACUUGAUAGUUGCUGUUAAUAAGAUGGAUGUGGUGGAAUAUUCGAAGGAGCGGUUUCAGUCCAUUAAAUCGCAACUUGGUACCUUUCUUCGGUCAUGUGGGUACAAAGACUCUUCAGUCACCUGGGUUCCUUUGAGUGCAAUGGCAAACGAAAAUUUAGUCACAGCUUCUUCAGAUUCUCGUCUUCUAUCAUGGUACAAUGGAGAUUGUCUGCUGAAAGCCAUUGACUCAUUACCUCCUCCUCAUCGUGACGUUUCAAGGCCACUAUGCCUUCCAAUAUGUGAUGUUAUUGCAUCUCACACGCUGGGUCAGGUGGCUGUUUGUGGUAAAAUAGAGUCUGGAGGGAUCCGAACUGGCUCUAAGGUUCUUGUCAUGCCUUCUGGAGAUAUAGCCACAGUAAGAGCCAUUGAGCGGGAUUCCUCUACUUGCAGCUUGGCUAGAGCCGGGGACAAUGUUGCCAUUGGUUUGCACGGCAUCGACCCUGGUCACAUUGUGUCAGGUGGAGUUCUUUGCCAUCCAGAUUUCGCUGUGCGCAUCGCUUCUCACUUGGAGCUGAAAAUUCUGGUUCUAGAAAUCACCAUGCCAAUACUGGUUGGCCUUCAGUUUGAGCUGCACAUACAUCACGCCAGGGUGUCUGCGAGGUUGGUUAAAAUACUGUCGUCGUUGGACCAGAAGACUGGCAAGGCCUUAAAGAAAAUGCCACGUUUGCUCACCGCGAGGCAGACCGCCGUGGUUGAAGUGAAGCUGGACAAAGAAGUGUGUGUGGAGGAAUUCUCGACGCUGAAGGCCCUUGGGCGGGUGUUCCUGCGGUCUCAGGGUAACACUGUUGCGGUGGGCAUUGUGACUCGAAUUCUGGAUCAGGCUUUUGACCUCGCCUAA